AUGUCGACGCCACCUAAGCGCCGCAACUUCACCGAAGAGGAAGACACUAUGCUUCUUCGCCAAGUCUCCGCCGACAUGCCCUUCCUUGCCCGACGCGGACUCAUCAUGGACAAAUGGGCGGCCAUUGCGGAAACUCUAGCGGCGAACGAAGACUUUGGCCGCCCCGACUUCGACGCGAAAAGACGUCGGGGAGAAGGUGGCCCUGCUCGAUGA